GACCCGGAGCCGGCCAGUGCGCUCGGGAGCUCGGCCUGUGCGGCGGCGCCAGCGGAGAGCCAGGCCCAGAGCGCCGGAGCCGGCCUUCUGGGGAGGGGGGGAGGCGCGCGCGCGAGGGCCCGCCCGGCCUGGGCCCCGGGCGCUUCCAGAGGCCGGCCGCGCUCCCAGCCCGCCCGAAGCCCAUGCCCGGAGGCUGGCCCGUGCUGCGGCUGGAGGGGGGGCCCGGCUCUGCAUGGCCCCGGCUGCUGACAUGACUUCUUUGCCACUCGGUGUCAAAGUGGAAGACUCUGCCUUCGGCAAGCCGGCGGGGGGCGGCGGGGGCCAGACCCCCAGCACCACCACGGGCGCGGCCGCCAUGGGCAUGGACGAGGAGGGGGCCAAGCCCAAAGUGUCCCCUUCACUCCUGCCCUUCAGCGUGGAGGCGCUCAUGGCCGACCACAGGAAGCCCGGGGCCAAGGAGAGCGCCCUGGUGGCCUCCGAGAGUGCACAGGCAGCUGGCGGCUCGGCGCAGCCCCUGGGCGCCCGGCCCGGGUCGUUGGGCGCCCCGGACGCGCCGUCCUCGCCGCGGCCACUCGGCCAUUUCUCAGUGGGAGGACUCCUCAAGCUGCCCGAAGAUGCACUCGUCAAAGCCGAGAGUCCGGAGAAGUCCGAGAGGACCCCGUGGAUGCAGAAUCCCCGCUUCUCCCCGCCCCCGGCCAGGCGGCUGAGCCCGCCGGCCUGCACGCUGCGCAAGCACAAGACCAACCGCAAGCCGCGGACGCCCUUCACCACGGCGCAGCUGCUGGCGCUGGAGCGCAAGUUCCGCCAGAAGCAGUACCUCUCCAUCGCGGAGCGCGCGGAGUUCUAGCUCAGCCUCACCGAGACGCAGGUGAAGAUCUGGUUCCAGAACCGCCGCGCCAAGGCCAAGAGACUGCAGGAGGCCGAGCUGGAGAAGCUGAAGAUGGCCGCCAAGCCCAUGUUGCCGCCGGCCGCCUUCGGCCUCUCCUUCCCGCUGGGCGGCCCCGCGGCUGUGGCGGCUGCCGCCGGCGCCUCACUCUACGGCGCCUCGGGCCCCUUCCAGCGUGCUGCGCUUCCCGUGGCGCCCGUGGGACUCUACACGGCCCACGUAGGCUACAGCAUGUACCACCUGACAUAGAGGGCCCCAGGCUCGCCUGCCUGUGGCGCCCGUGGCACCAGCCACAUCCUCCAGCCCUGAUCUCCUGCAAGCGGCAGGGGCCGCCCCCAGCCAGCUCCCCCCUGCUUGGCCCCUCUGGUCCCCCUUCCCUUUAGCCCCCACACUGCUCUGGGUUUUCCUCCGUGGCGCCCCGACUUCACUCUCUGAAGUCCGUUCCUUUCCCAGAAAGUGACUGGAAGGGCCCCUUCUCUUCUAGAAUCUAGAUCCGCCCCUCGUGUUACAGGUGGGGAAACUGAGGACAGAGAGGUUAAAGAAUGUGUCCGCAUGGUCCUGACCAG